AUGGCUUUACGCUCAAAUAAUACGGUAGCCAUCAUUGGCUCCGGUCCCGGUAUUGGCUGCCACACGGCUGCCAUCUUCGCAUCAAAAAAAUUCAACAAAGUAGCACUCGUGGCGAGAAACCCUGCUCAACUUAAAAAGGACGCCUAUACUGUUACCAAAGCCGCCGCGAAUAAAGUCCAAGUCAAGACUUACUCCGCUGAUAUAUCAGACGGCAACAAGCUCGCGACAACCCUCCAGCAAAUUGACGACGACCUUGGGGCGCUAGAGUUCGUCUUGGUCAACGCCGCCAUUGUGGCCACAUCCUCCUUCUUCGAGUUAAGCGAAGAGGACAUCCUUAAGGAUUUCCAUAUUUCUACGAUUUCGCUUUAUCGCAUUGCAACAUGGGCGAUUCCUCAACUCGCGUUAUUGGCAAGGCAAGAUCCCACGGCGAAGCCAACUUUGAUGGUUACCAACUCCGACCUCCCGGAGAGACCUAUAGUGGAAUUAUUCUCCCUCUCGCUUUCUAAAGCUUCUCAAAAAAACUUGACGAUAUCUCUUCGCCAAAAGUUCGGUCCUCAAGGCAUUCAUAUCUGUUUGCUAACUGUUGCCGGGAGUGUUGCUGAUGGGAAUCCAAACCUCAACAGCAAAAACAUAGCAAAUAAGGCUUGGGAAAUGUAUGAUCAGCAGAAAGAAGAUUGGACUGAGGAUAUUCUAAUAAAAGAUCCAUAG